UCCUGAGUGCUGACGUACAACUACUACUUUCCGUCUUCAGCUGUUCCAAGUCUGGCGACAACUGAACUGUAUGUGGUGUGUUUACCUACACGGGGAGAUUUGUAAAACACAACUGAAAGGCGAUUGUUAUUGGACCUGUGUGUGUGAGAGAGAGAAUGACCGGUACAAACGGAAGGAUUUCAUGGCACUACGCGUGAAGAUGGGAAUUCCACCAAUAUGGGUGCUUGGCGCUGGCCAGACUGGAUGAGGAAGUGAGGCUGAGUGAGAAGGAGAUCACAGCUACCCAGGACUACUGUUGGAGAGGACCUCUGGACAGGGUGGAGGUACCGGACUCAUGGAGAACCACUUCCAGACAGAGGCCUUCAACCUGGAUAAAGUGUUGGAUGACUUUGAGCAGAAGCAAGAUGAGACCGACAGUCCCAGUCUGUCUGAUAAGUGGAUUCAGAUCCUGGCCCCUCCUGCCCACCUACUAUCUCCGAACCGUGCCCUGGCUUUGACCCCAGACCUCGGCCCCCUCCCCUUAAAGACCCCCCUGCCCCCUGACCCGUCAUCCAGCAACCCCCAGGGGCCCAACGCCAAAUGCCACCCCACCGCCGAGCCCCCACCCUGGGGAGAACUACCAGACUGCCGUGCAGACGUGCGGAGCCCUCCAUUCCCCCAGCCCAACAUCGGCAAGCUGGUUGGGGGUGAGGGCUCGUCUAGCCCCCCUCCGUACCACCACCACUCCUCUAUCAGCCCCUCUAGUCCAGCCAGCCCUGCCCUCAACGGGCUCAGUGAAGAUCCCUGCAAGGGGAACCAGGCAUGGGUGACCCCUUUAGACCACCACCUGCCCCCCACACCCUCAGACCCACGUACUGAUGCCCCUGUGGGGGAGAGGGGUGACGGAAGCUCCCGCGUUAGUCAAACACACUUGACCAUUGAGGAGAGGCUGGGAGGUGUUGAGGCGAUAGCAGAGAAGUUGAACUCCAAGCCAGAGACCGAGAGACCUGGUGCUUGGUCACCUAUUCACGACAGUGGUAGGGAGGAGGCUGGAAUGGCUGGGAUACAGUCACAUGAGGAAGGAAUCCCUAAGAGGGAAAGUCAUGGAAAUACUGUUAAAAAUGGAUUGAUGAAGGAGGGACCGACAGAGCGGAAGGAGUGUAGGAAUUCCUCUCAGAAGCAGACGAGGUUGAUAGGAGAAAUGGAGAAGGAGAGCAGGGGAGGUCAGGAUGGAGAGAUGGUUCUUACCAGCGGCAUGGCUACUGAGGAGGAGGACCGAGGGAGCAGGGAGGAGGAAGAGGAGGACCGAGGGAGCAGGGAGGAGGAAGAGGAGGACCGAGGGAGCAGGGAGGAGGGCCAGUCUCUCCCUCCUCACUCCAAGGAGGACUCCGUAACAGAGGAGAAGGAGAUGGAGGAGAGCAACCUAGAGAACGGAGGAGAUAGCAGUGUUCCCUCCAUACUAAACACUCGUCUGCAGCUGGUAAGUGUUCCGUUCGGUGGAGCACGUCCCAAACAACCGGUCACUCUCAAACUCCAGAUCCCCUGGCCGCUAUCCGGACAGGACCAGAACCAACUAUCACCUACCGUUAACACCACCACCACCGCCGUCUGCAAGAACAAGAACCUUGAGAACCGUGCCGGUGACAUAACCAUGGAAACCGGAACCGUCGUUGCCGGGGGUGACCCUGGUGGUUGUGUCGAGGUUGUUAACGGGGAGUUGAUGACGACGGAGACCCGUUUAGCGUUGGGCCUGGUGCCGGAGUCCGAGAGCAGCCCGGACAAUGACCUCCAGGCUGGGUGUCACCACCAGGGUGCUCUGCCCAGGAAACAGCUCUCGUCCCUGGGGGAUGUGGCCCCCGUGUGGGUCCCUGACUCCCAGGCUCCAGUCUGUAUGAAGUGCGAGAUCCGCUUCACCUUCACCAAGAGGAGGCAUCACUGCAGGGCCUGUGGAAAGGUGUUCUGUGCUGCCUGCUGCAGCUUGAGGAGCAGACUGAUUUACAUGGACAGGAAGGAGGCCAGAGUCUGUAUCACCUGUCACUCUGCCCUACUGAGUGCUCAUUCGUGGGGGGGUAUGUGUGGUGGGUCUAACCAGAGUCCUAACCCCAACAACCCAGCAGAGUACUGCAGUGCCAUCCCACCUCUGCAGCCGAUCCGCUCAGAGGGGUCCACAGGUUUCCACCCGCGGGAGCGGAGGAGGGUGCGGUUUGCAGAUGGAAUCCUGCCCAAUGGGGAAGCAGCGGAAUCCCCCAAACGCCUUGCUACCAGCCCCGCCCCCUCGCAAACAUUGGCUGUCUCACAGUGUUCCAACAAAUCCUUCACUUCUGAUUUGCGAGAGGCGUUGUCCCCUGCCCCUGCGUCCACCGUGGGAAGCCCUGUAGGCAGCUCCAUCAGUCUAAUUCCGGAGGACGGACUUCCUCCCAUCCUCAUCUCAACCGGAGUUAAAGGAGGUGUGAGGGGACACAGCACAGCAUCACCACCCUCAGACUAUGCGGUGGAGGAGCGUCCCUCUGAGAUGGUUCUGAUACAGCAGCUGGAGGAGGGAGGUCCUGACCCCUUGGUGUUUGUGCUCAACGCUAACCUGCUGGCUAUGGUCAAACUGGUCAACUACGUAAACAGGAAGUGUUGGUAUGUGACCACUAAGGGGAUGCAUGCAGUGGGCCAGGCUGAGGUGGUGGUGCUUCUGCAGUGUCUACCUGACGAGAAGAGCAUCCCCAAAGACCUCUUCAGCCACUUUGUACAGCUCUACCAGGAGGCCCUCACAGGUAAUGUUCUGACCCACCUGGGCCAUUCGUUCUUCACCCAGAGUUUCCUGGGCAGCAGGGAGCAUGGAGGGUUCCUCUACGUCUCCCCGUCUUUCCAGUCCCUCCAGGACCUGAUGCUCCCCAACCCCCCCUACCUGUUUGGGGUGUUGCUACAGAAGUGGGAGACCCCCUGGGCCAAGAUGUUCCCCAUCAGACUCAUGCUGCGGCUGGGCGCCGAGUACAGAUUCUACCCCUGCCCUCUGUUCAGUGUGCGGUUCAGGAAACCCCUGUUUGGAGAGGCAGGUCACACCAUCAUGACCCUGCUAGUGGACUUCCGUAACUACCAGUACACGUUGUCCAUGGUGAAGGGUCUGGUGGUGGACAUGGAGGUGAAGAAGACCUGCAUCAAGAUCCCCAGCAACCGAUACAACGAGCUGAUGAAGGCGAUGAACAAGUCCAAUGAACACGUCUUGGCCAUGGGGGCGUGUUUCAACGAGCUGGCCGACUCCCACCUGGUGUGUAUUCAGAACGACGACGGAAACUACCAGACACAGGCCAUCAGUAUCCACCACCAACCACGCAAAGUGACUGGAGCCUGCUUCUUUGUGUUCAGUGGUUCUCUGAAGGCAUCUUCUGGAUACCUGGCCAAGACCAGCAUUGUGGAGGAUGGUGUGAUGGUGCAGAUCACAGCAGAGACCAUGGAUGCUCUACGGCAAGCCCUCAGGGACAUGAAGGACUUUAGUAUCACCUGUGGCUGGGCAGACCAGGAGUGCAGCCGGGAACACGUUCACAUACAGUGGAUAGAUGACGAUCGUAACUUUUUCAAUAAGGGGGUAAUUAGUCCUAUUGAUGGGAAGUCUAUGGAGUUCAUCACCAGUGUGAAAAUCUUCCAGGGUUCAGAGUUCAAGGCUAAUGGGAAGGUCAUCCGCUGGACAGAGGUGUUUUUCCUACAGAGUGAGGACCAGCCCAACGGUCUGAGUGACCCUGCUGACCACAGUCGCCUGACGGAGAACGUGGCGAGGGCAUUCUGCGUGGCGCUCUGCCCACACCUCAAACUGCUGAAGGAGGAAGGCAUGGCUAAGCUGGGCCUACGGGUCACCCUCGAGUCUGACCAGGUGGGUUACCUAGCAGGAAGUAAUGGCCAGCCUCUCCUCUCCCAUUACCUGAGGGACCUGGACAGUACUCUGAUCCCUGUCAUCCACAGAGGGGCGUGUCAACUCAGCGAGGGACCUGUCGUCAUGGAGCUGGUCUUCUACAUCCUGGAAAUCCUCUCCUAGGAGACGGAUGCACCGCUUAGCAACGGACCAACACCCCGAUCUCCUAGUUCUCUCUCUCCCUCUCGUCCUCAUCCUCUAUUUUUCCUUGCCUCUCCUGUUUUUCAGAGAGAGGCUGUGAGGGGCAGCUAGCUGAUGUUGCCAUCCCUUCAACAGACAGCUGUGGGGAUGGUUACCAGCUAGCUGAUGUUGCUAUCCCUUCA